CAGGCUUUCAAAGCCAUAUUUACGUCUCCAUCUUCUGCAAGAGAAGUUGAUGGUGAUGGUGAUGGAGCCAACAUCCUCAAGAAUAACUGGCGCGCCCAGCGCACAUUAAACCAGUUCAAGGUUAAAACAUGUGUGGCCUUGAUCAUCAACAUGAAGAAAGUUACCCCUCACUCCAUUGCUUAUCUUACAAUCAUCCAAGUUCAUUUUGCACUAUCCAGUGUCUUGUCUUGGCACACUGUUGAUGGUGACUUCGAUUAUCAAGCAUUUUGGAUCAAUAUCGUUGAUUUCUUCGAGGAUGUCCCAGGACCUGUGGCGCGAUGUAGGGUGACCAAACUGCUCGAAUGGUGGACCAGGUAUUGA